AUGCUGCCGCUAGUCAAAUCGCCGGCUCUCCUUGCGCCUGUCAUCGCUCUCAACCUAUGGACCUUCUUCAUGGAAGCAUGGAUGUAUGCAACUCGCAUCCCCGCCGUCAGCAAGUACAAAGUACCGGUGCACCCCAACGCCUCCAAGGACGAAUUCAACGCCAAGGUCCCUCCGCACAUCCGCUGGAAGGCCGACAACUACAACCACCUGAUGGAACAGCCCACGCAGUUCUAUGCCAUCGCUGUCGUCCUCGCGCUUCUCGGCGCAGAUGGCGAUAUUGAUGUGGGCCUCGCUUGGUUGUAUGUGGCGAUCAGGGUCAUGCAUAGUUUGGUGCACGCAUCGGUCAACAAGAUCAUGGUUCGGUUCCAGCUGUUUGUCUUGUCAUCCGUGGUCCUACUAGUGUUGGCGGCGCGGGCAGCGCUGCUGGUCCUUUAG